GUACUUCCUCACCAUGAAUUAACCCAUUAGCCUGCAGCUAUAUGAACUAAGCCAUUCCUUAAAGCAUUCGCUGACAAACUAGGAAGCAACCGGUUAAAACACCCACAUUAACCGCCGUCCUAAGAUCAGUCGAUUCGUGGAAUUGACAAUAUUUCAGGCCGUAGACGAUCUUUUAUCUCCCUUCUGCUAGAAAUCACAAUGUCGCUGUUAUAUUUCUUUCAAACAAGCCUCGAGUACCAUGGGAUAACUUCAAAAGAGCUUUAUCAACUAUGGUUCAAGCACGCUCAAGCUGCUUUUAAGAUGUACGAACAAGGAAUUAUGAAAUAUGCUUUCAAGGUAGGAGCAGAGUACGAUUUAUAUACAUAAUACCAGUUGAUAGUCGCUUUAUACGACGAUUAAACCAUAGCACAUUAAGCUUAAGGGAUUAACAAAGAAACUACAUUCUUUGCGUCCCAACACAAAGGAUCUUAUUUCAACAGUGUCUGUAGAUGCCACUCUCGAAAUAUUCUCGUAACAAUACAAGAAGAUAUUCUAAAUAUAAACGGACAUUGUUAUGGAAUACAUUUAAACUUGAUCGCCGCAACAUUAUGCCUGUAGAUCUUUGUUUUGGCAACAGUAAAUUGAAUUUUGAUAUCUGAUUUUAACGAAGUUCGUUCCACCUGUAUUGCCCAGGCGAUAAGCUUUGAAUCAGCGUGCGUCAGCAGACGCUACCGGGCGAUAAGAGACAAUAGUUUAUAGCGGCCAUGAACAAAAUAUUCACCGAUAGAUUCUCGGGAAGACUGCAUUAUACUUUUCAAGUAUGUGUGGAAUGUAGUUAGACAUCAAACAAGAAGGGCGAGUUCGAGCCUCACUCCAUUUUUUGGGGGUAAGAAUGGAAAAAAAAAAUUCCGCUGAAUGGUGGCUAUUUGACAUAGAUGAGACAACUGCGGGCGAAUCAUUUCGCGUUUGAAUAAAUGACGACUACUCUGUUCCACUGAAGACAAUUCACGAGCUCAGUAGUCUCUAAUCUGCUCGCGCUGUAGCUUUGUGUGGAUAUCACAAAAAUUCUAGAAUGGAGAGGUAAAGCAGUGACAAUGUAAGGAAGCUCCUGCUACCGACAGAAGUCAUUUUGCCGAAAGCCUCAUUAACGUCUCUGUUCCGUACCAAAUGUAAGGUUUGACAUGAAUAAAAUUUUCAAAAUUGCCAAAACUGCGGACUCGAGACGCCAAAAUUUGGUGAAUUUUCCAGAUAUCAAUCAACAUCCGCACUUGAAGUGACAAUAGAUAGAUUAACAUCUAAGUCACAUCUCAAUAGAGUGUCAAUUCAACAUGCACGAAUCAAAAAAUUUCUCCGAAGCGCCUUUUUUUUUGAGCAACUGAAAUUGUGUUUCUUUCGACCAUUCUCCGUUUCCCUACUGAGCCAAAGGGGCAUGGUUAUUUCAUGUUUGUGAGGUUUUUAAAAUUGUUUCAUGUGCGGAAAAGUUAUUUUGAGAACGGAAAGGUCAAGAACCUGGUUUGCUGCUUAAAUAUUUCUGACGCACAGCAUUAUAUGUCAUUAUUGACGGGUAGCAACCAAAAUUCUAUGUAUGGAGAGGAUAAGACAAUUAGUGAAUCUCGUACCCAGAUCCUACCAUGUAACGAUAACUUGCAACCACGAAAGGUCUGGUACGAGAUAACAUAGAGUAUUUGCAACGGAUUAGAGAGGAGCCAUCUAUCAGGUUAAGGGAACCGAUCAUUAUUUAUCACCAGGGAUUGUCGGUAGAUUUUGAAAAUGUCACGUUAAAAUUAUCUUAAUUCCCCUCCUCCCCAGGUUCUAUAAUAUUCUUUGCACCCCCCCAUGACAAUAAAUUGUCAGUCAGUUUUCUGAUGUGCCUCCUUAAUAUUCGAUUGGUGGCGACCGCUUCCCCUCUGCUCCCCUUGAAAACUAAGAGAUCCCCAUCCUCCACCCUCCUCCCUCCUCCACCAACCUCCUCCUCCCCCCCUCCUCCACCAACCUCCUCCUCCCCCCCUCCUCCAACAACCUCCCACCUCCUCCUCCCCUCCUCCACCAACCUCCUCCUCCCCUCCUCCACCAACCUCCUCCUCCCCCCUCCUCCACCACCCCUCCUCCUCCCCCCUCCUCCACCCCCCCUCCUCCCCCCCCCCUCCCCCCACCCUCCUACUCCAGUCCCUCCUGGCUCCUCCGCCCCCUCCUCCACCGCCUGGCCCCCCUCCAGAAAGCUAGCUCUAACUGAUUUGUGUUGCUUUGCUUAAGACAGAUCACUGAGCCAGUGAAUAUUCAACAAGACACAUUUUUGCGAAGUGAUUCUUGCUUAUUACGUUCUUGACCUGCUAGAUCGUGGGCCGAGUUUCACCUGGUGAGCCGAGACGGUAGAAAAGUGUUGUGUUGGAUCCGGGGGUUAAGCUUCGAGAGUUCCGUCUUCUCCCACCCCACAGCUGGUUUUUUACCUCCUGUCUGAAACCAAAAUUCUUCUGAAGACAGGGCUUAAACCGCGUGUUUAUUACUUUGAUACCUCUUUAUAAAAGUUUCGACCCCCUACUAAAAGAAUUCCUGUUUCCGCCCCUGUAGUGAAUCGGAAAGUACUUCUAACAGCACUUGAUAAUAUCUUUAACAGCUUGAAUAGUUUCCCAUUCAUUUCCGUCUCUUCACUUUAUAGAUAGCUGGAGAAAGAAAAGUUCUUGGAGGUAAUAAAAUUAAAUCUCAAUCAAUUAGAUAAACCGUUUUCAUGCCACACAUAACAAAGUAAAGAACCUGAAUGCUAAAUAUCGUGUGUUAAAGCUAUCCAUUUUUAAUUAGCGAUGGGGAAACGGAGGGCUCAUUAGAGUAUCGGGUAGAGGUAGCGGGCCUCUUGUAUCUGUCGCUCGAUUCCGGAGAGCUAUAUCAUCAGAAAAUGUAUGCUUUAUCAGGAAUUGAAAAAUUACUUGUAGUUUUGCCCGCAGUUCGUGUUUAGUCACUGUCUUUUUCUCCAAAAUAGUUUUAGAAACGCUAUCUGGACAAUUCAGAAAAGGGUUUGCAAAAACGCGAGUUCUUCUUUCGUAUUUUUGGUCUCCAUAAGAUUUUAAAUCUAUUCAAUGCCAAAAAAAAAUCAAAUAUAAUGAUGGAACAAGUCAGUUUGCUCCGGCUGUUUCUUGAUUUAUUGCCGCAUUGUUUAAUUGCACAUAAUGAUAAAACAUCAUUAAAAACGGAAGACAAGAACUGACUCUAAGGCCAUGCUUUUGCCUUCUGUUUUUUAUUUAGUGAUGUCAGUGGAGUCACCCUCAGUACUGGACACUUGCUUUGUCGAGCUUCCUCUUUACCAGGCUAUCGGAGAUCAGUUACACUCGACAUUUACCCCGUUGAGACAAUACGAAGGAUUUGCGACAGAUGUGAGCGAUAGAAUUGGGAACGGAGAAAAAUACGGGAAUGAAAAGUCCACCUUAAAGAACGGCCUCUUCUACAUCUUGACGUUUACUGUGGAAUACGACCUCAGUAAGAUAUAUGUGAUAUAGAGGAUACUUAAUGACCGCUGGUGCAUACGAAUUUUAUCUUCCAGUGUUUAAAUUAUCUCUCACGAGUGUGCGAGGCGAACGAGUGAGAGAUAUUACGAACUCGAGAUAAAACCGAAUCCACCAGUGGACUUGUAAGUUCUGUUUAUUAUAUAGAUAAUGAUUGGGUAUAUACAUUGAAGACAAUCUUGAAAGACAUUAUAAUAGAGCGCCGAAUGCAGAGAUUAUCUGUACGUAAACUCGGCUCGUUGGGUUGGUUAGAGCGUUGUUGCAAUGGGCAGGCAGAUGUUGUCUCAUAAUGCCAUGGACCUCGCGGUCAUAUGAGUCACCAAUUUCGGUUCGAGCUACAUUUUAGGCUUUAUCCGAAUCAGAUGAAUCCUUAUAAUCAAUUUCUCUCACCUUUUCUCGUCUCCUUUUAUUUCAUCUUUUCCAAAGCCAUGACACAACAGGACCUGUUUGCUGUCUGGGCUGAGGAGGCUAAAGAGGCUCUCAAGGCAAAAAAAUCUGGAAUCAUCCUGGACUUGUGGAAAGUGGUAGCGGAACGUAAAGUAACUAUCACUUUAAACUGAUACCGUACAAAGCGAGUACUUAAUUAAACAUUUAACUAAUCUAUUGUUUUCACUUGUGGCUGUGUGAUAAUGCCCAAUAUUAUCACAGCGCGAACAACCCAUUCAGUCAUUCAGUUUUGUGAUGGUUUUAGAUCAGUUUUGUGAACUCAGGUCUUCAUAAACGUUAAGGCCGCCUAAGGCGCAUUUCACUUGCUUCUGCACAAAUGAUGUGCAUAAGCACAUAGAAAAUCACCAAAAUUUCAUCAAACGUUCCUUAUGAUAUGUUUUUCAGGUUAUAGCCGUUGUCUGUGUGGAUGAUCCGACUGAUGUUGACAGAAUGUCACUGGACCUACCAGUCAUGAAAAAGAUGGGAAGCAAAGUCCAUAUAGAUUGCAAGUCGAUACGGCCGAUCGAGGAAUGGGCGAAAGAUCUACAAAAGCUAGCAGAAUAACAAGCAUGUAAUAGGGCCAUCGGAUUGUAAACCAUUCUCGCACUGAAUUGAAUUUAGAACGUAGUUAAUGAUAUAUUAAACUAUUAAGAAAAAGUCAGAGCUCUAAGAUACUUAAUAUAGUUGUAUUAACAGAUUUAAGAUGUCAAGUGACGAAUUCAUCUGCAUUCGCGGCCAGCCAUGGAAAGCAAGAAGGGUUGUCAAUGUUUCUUAGAUACAUACGACAUGAAUGGUUAAGAAUGCGAAAAAACUUUGGCAGAUUUCAGGUAAAUCGAAUACAAAAUUAAAAUUCUACGCUUUCGCUGUUUCAAGUGUUUAUGAUGUUAGCGACCCUUAAAUUCUAAAAUUCUUCCGGCUAUAAGAGGGGCAUAUCAGGGACUCAGGGAAUGGGAUGGAGAGAGACACUGGGAACGAGACUAAAUAAUUUCAUCUAUAAAGAGAUCCUUAUGGUAUGUUGCAUCUAUUCAUAGUAAGCAGAUUUUCGUUUGUAGGCAAAACUCCAAAGAAUGGAAUUUCACCGCUGCUUUCUAGACCGUUCUAGAUUUUGAAAGCUAAGUCUAAUCCUUAAUCUCAGACAUUUCCUCUCGCCUGGCUGGUUGGACAGAAGCAAAGACCAUUUCUAUUUUCCUAACGCUCGUCGAUGAUCAAUUUUGAAUCAGUUUUGAUUGUCGUUGACGUCGGCAAUGCAUCGACGAUAGUUUCAGCUUGCUAUGUUUUCUUAGAUGAUUGGUAAAAGAAGGAAGGCGGCUCAGACGUUAGAGACAUAUAAAAACAAUUAUUGAGAGGGUUAAGUACCAGAUACCCCCGAUGAACAUCAUUAGAGUUAUAUCCACGCGGCCGUUUUAAUGCUGAAAGAGCAAAACAGGGCCAUUGCAGAAAAAUUAAAAAUAACAUGAAACAAAAGAAAGAAAGCCGAAAAAUACGACUUAUCUCUGUGGUCAAGAAUUAAUGGAAUUCGAUUCCAUGUAAGUUCAUGUUAGGCGCCAUCUGUAGUUGUUCAUUAUCAUAUUGUCCCCACUAGUAGAGGAAUUUUUGCUUAGCCUUUCAUCUGACUCCCUUUAAUUGCUUCGAGUUCAUUUAUAUUUUAGCUGACGUAACGAGCACAUUUGAAUCACGUUUUUCUCCGAGUUCGCGUAUUGAACCGUUUUCAAUUAAAAAACUGAGUAGUCCACAUCUUCUGGUCUAACGCGCACAGUGCCUGGUGCUGUGCGUAUCGAGAGUAUUAGGAAAAAGCGAUUCACUUUGCACAACAUAAACCAGAGGAGAUUGAUAUCUUGUAUUACUCCAAAUAAUACACUUUGCUCUGAGCCGACUAAACUAACUAACUUUUGCACGUAAAAUCCAAUAGGCUUUUCUUCGACGCACUUGACCCCGUUUAGGUCACUGCGCGUUCCGAGAAAUAAACUUACAUUGCUGCUAAGCACGUAGCUGAAAAGUUCCCUAUUAUUUUAAAGCCUAAGUUGAGCUACAGAACACAUUUAGCGUUAACUUCUGAUUUCUUUCAACUCGCAAUCAGCGACAAUCCGCCGGUAUGUCAAUCUAUUUAACUAAUGAUGCUAACUACAGAAAAAUUCAUUAAUUAUCCCUGUCAGUUGAUUUGCGUAAUUUGAAUAUGUUAGCAUCUUUUGUAGGAGAAAAUAUUGCAGUUCAAUACAGCGAAUUUUAUGGAAUAAAGUUAAUACCAAAGUACUAAACUGAAGUUGUACGGGAGUUCCUGAAAACUACGCUGUUCUUGCGUUCAAUAGCGUUUGGUUCUAAAAUGAGCUUACUGUACUUAAUAAAGUUUACCAUUGAGUACAAACGAAUACCACAAGAACAAUUUAUCAAAACUUGGGCAGUAGAAGCAGAAGUGGCACUAAAAGCGAAGGAGAAGGGAAAAAUACUACAGAUAUGGAAGGUAGGAAUGCAUUUUUUGAAACAUCUGAGUCGUUCAUCUUUACUGACCGGCUGCUGUUUUUCAAAUUUUUCCAAAAAGACCAAAAGGUCUUAGUAAUUAACCACAAAUUGAUCACAACAAAGAAAACUCAGACCUUCCAUGACCUCGGGUCCGUACAAGUUUGGGACAAUACAGCUUUAGUCUCUGGAAAUAAUAGCCUAUAAUGAAUCAUUGGAAAAUGCCUCUCUAUGUCAGGGAAUUACAAAACUUCUGAUGAAAAAAAUACUAUUUGAACAAUAAUAUCUGAAUGUGUCUAUCGAACCAAAAUCAUUCAUGCGAGUCGUCGUGCCAUGAGCGUGAACCAAAUCUUGUUGAGUUUGAUCAAAUAAAAUCAGUUCAGAACAAGCCAUCGGCAUUGCGACUUUUUUGUUUGAGCACGACAAAGACAAAUAAGAGCGUCAUUGGUAACACCAAAGAUCUGUGGAUAUUUAGGAGUUACUCGGGCAAAAAUCGGUUUCUUUAGCUUCUCGGUCUCUUAGUUAAAAGGCAGUAAAAGGUGUCAGUUUCGGGACAUUGAAAUAAAAUUUCACAUAUUUCAAAUCGGAGAAGAAUGCGACGCAAACUGUCAAAAGUUGUCUCAAGUUAUAUAUGAAAAGGGUACAUAGCUAUGUUUUAUCACUCCUUUUUGCCAUUUGACGUUAACAAGAGAUUAAAUUUUAUAAUAUUUUGAUGUAAAUGAUUGUUUUGGUUUAACACUUUCAGUUGGUGGGAGAGCGCAAAGUAUUUUGUGGUAAGUGAAGAAAAUAAACUCACUGAAGAAAAUUGGUUUAAAAUUUAACUUCCAGUAAGUGAACGCUCCCUCGAAAUUUUAAUCUGUUUCCAGUUAUGAAAGCAGAGAAUCCAGAUGAAAUCGAUAGGCUGUCAUUUCAUUUGCCAAUGUUUAAGGAGAUGGGUGAUCAGGUACAAAUGGAGGUGACACCCCUCAGACCUUACGCGGGACUAGCAACAGAUAUAAGUAAAAGAGUUAAUAAUGGGGAUGAAACGGUGUUUGAAGACAUACCUACUGUACCGAAAGCAGGACUUUUCUACUGGAUAACGUUUAUUAUAGAAUACCCAGGUAAGACUGAAAGGCCAUCACAUUAGUCACCUCGUCGUAAACUACAAAAAUAUUAUUCGUCUUUUCAGUGACUUCAUUUCAUUAAGCAUGUGUUUCAUUGUUAAAAUACCAUUAUUUUUUUUUAAUCCCAUCACACCAAUGCACAAUGCUUCGUCUUUUAAUGGCUUACAAGAGCCUAGCAACGAGUUCUCUAUGGCACACUAGUGGAGCAUUGGAGCGCUUCUGAGAGAGAAUCCUUCAGGAGUAGUUCAUCAAAUAAAAAUAUUUUCUGCGAGUUUUACAUUUCGCUGAAUUCUGUUUCAUUAAUGCAGGUAAGACGCAAGACGAGUUGUUGGCCGUUUGGUUACAGGAGGCCAAAGCUGCUUUAGGAGGAAAGAAAAGCGGGAAGGUGGUCGACUUGUGGAAAGUGGUAGGAGAAAGAAAGGUAAGCAAAAUAUUCACACAACUCCAUACUUCAUGAUGCAUCCUGUUCUUUGAUAGAAGAAAACAACGACGAAAACAAUAGAUUACCUUUGGGACUAAGGCAUGUUUUAACUUACGCAUCUCACGUCUCAUGCAUCUCACUUCUCACGCAUCUCAACGUCAUCACGCACUCACAGAAAAAACUUUCCCGCCUAAAUUAGCUUUUGACCAACAGAAUAUUUUGAAAGUUUUGAAAAUGACAUCGUGGCUCGUUUCCACUCCCCAGCCUCAUUCUUUUGGUCUUUGUUCGAGGUAGAAAGAAGGAUGUAUUUCUUUGCUUGGUCCGUUGAAAAAGUGUUUUUAAUAAAAUUUGAGUUGGCUGGCCUCUAAAUUGAUUUGGUGAUUCUAGUUGAUACAUUCGGAUAAAACAGUAAUGACAUUCGAAUGGUUGAUUCAAUCAAUAUUGGUAAGUCUUUCCCUACAACCAAACAGAUCUAAUUUGGUUGAUGCUGCCAAUGAUCGAUGUGAUAUCGUGACCCCUUUUGGUAACAGUCUUUCUAAAAUGGUUCAAAUUGUGCGAUCAGUGUCCAGUUAAAAGAUGAUGUUUUCAGUGAGUGACACAGGCCAAGGCAUACUCUGAAUAAAAGAACUCCAAGUGCGCGCUCCUAAUAGGUGUGGAACCUACGACCCUCCGAUGAGUACUUUGAAUGCUCUACCAACGAGUAAUAGGAGACUAGUGACAGGCUGGGCUGUUUAAGUGUUCAGUAGUUUUCAAGCGCCUUUGAAGUAAGUAAAUGAUAGUCUACGCAUGUUUCUUAUAGUUUAUGAACUUUCUGGUGUUGUAGGUAUACAUCCUGUUAUGUGUGGAGAGUCCGUACGAAGUGGAUCGUAUUUCGUUUGACCUGCCCAUGAUGAGGCAGAUGGGAGACUGUGUACACAUGGAAGUCAAGUCGGUCAGGCCUUAUGAAGCUUUGCAUGAUGACCUGAAGAAAAUGGCGGCUAGAUAACUUGACAAUUGGUUUUUAUUUUGGCUUUAACAACUGCAAUGAUUGGCUUCGUUGUGCCACAAGCAAGGAAGGGGUGGGGAGAGGGGUUAAAAUCACCAAUUAUAUCAACCCUUCAUGAAAUUUUUCAUGUGUGGUACCUCGGUAUGUCACUUUUUCUAACAGCUACUCUGGGUGGGCCAAAGGGCGCGUAAUAUUUCUCUCGUUCUAGUACUUAAAGGAGUUUAUACCAUAAGUUUCCUUCGACCAAAAAGCUGUCAUCAGGUCAUCCACCUUACGAGCAAAUAUCCUAUAUGUUUCACUUUAUCACAACAUCAAUGCAAGACUUUAAUGACUUAACUUUUUUUUAUAAUUAUACUUCACUGUACAUAAUCAAAAGUCAAUUAUCAGAUCAUGA